UGGUAAUUUCGUUUAUCUGUGAAAUUAAUUUUGUUGAUGAACAAUAAUAGCCAUGUGCAGCAUUGGCGAGGAUGAUUUUGGAGACGACGGGGCCACCCAUGGAAUGGUGGCAGAAUCCCUACCUUCGGGGAUCGUUCUAAGCCCAGGAGAUUGCAACAAAUGCGGCGUAACAUCCAGCGAACUGUAUAAACUCAACUUUCGGACGGCUGAGUGCCGUGACUGCUUUCUGGCAUACGCGAGGCACAAAUUUCGGGCCGCGUUGGGCGCAGCUAAGAUCCUGCCAAGAAACGCCGAGGUGCUGCUUGUUCUAGACGGCUCGGCGGAGUCUCUGGUGCUCCUGGACAUGCUUCACUUUGCCCAAACACAAAACACGUUUAAAAGACUCCACUGCAAUGCACGUGUAGUCUACGUGGAGGAUCAACCAGUGCAGGGCCGUGAUCCAGUGGACGUGGAUACGCUUAAGACUUUAUCCACACAAUAUACACCUUUUGAGUUCCAUGUCAUUGAGCUGGGUGCAUUUCCGGAUUCCCUACGACAGAUCCAUUACUAUAGUCCUAACAACGAAUCGAACGAGCUUGCCCAGAAGAUCAAAAAAUUGCGAAGUCUCACAGCCCGACAGGAUUACCUCCAGCAACAGCGCAAGAACCUAAUUGCUUCAGUGGCCCAAAAGCUCUCAUGCAGUCAUGUCUUUGAGCCCAGUAUAAGUGUGGAUUUGGCGACUCAGCUAUUGGCUGCUAUAGCGCUGGGACGUGGGGGCAGUGCUGCCUUGGAUGUGGCUCUCCUGGACGAUCGGUUAACUGGUGAUGUCAAAUUACUGCGACCCCUUAAAGACCUCAAUGAGCAGGAGAUUCAAUUCUAUAUACAUGCUCAACGACUAAAGCCGCUAUUGCAGAGUGGAUCACGAUAUGGCCAGGAUAAUGGACCGAGUGCCAGCUUACAAAACCUCACAUUCGCCUUUGUGGCCAACCUGCAACAGAACUACGCCUCUACCGUGUCCACAGUUUUUCGAACUGGGGACAAGAUAGCUGCCAAUGGCAAUCCAGAGAAAGUCGUUUGUAUUCAUUGCCAGUCUGCACUGGAUUCUCAGCUUUCCGAAACUUUACUGGCCAUUGAGUAUUCCAGGACCGUUUCGGGGGCUGGAGCUAGUCUGUAUAAGAACGGAGAUGACCUCGAGGGUUUGGCCAAGCGACGCCUAGAGUUGCAGGAUGGGCUGUGCCACGCCUGCCGUGGCAUACAGGCGGAAUUUGAGAGCGGUUAAUUGUUGUAGGUGAUCAGAAAAUAUAUAUUUUUCACCAGAA